AUGGUGUUUUCGAGUGAAGAAGAAGAAGUUAUCGAGGAAUAUAUGCUCCAUUCGUCUGACAUUUACUACGGUCUAUCGGAAAUUGAAGGGCGAGAAUUGGCUUACCAGUUUUCGAAAAAACUAAAUAAAAAGAUACCGAUUAGUUGGGAAAAAAACAAAAUAGCUGGGCGUGAUUGGUUCAAGAAUUUUAUGCAACGUCAUAAAAAACUAUCAAUGAGAAAGCCAGAAGCUACCAGUUUAGCUCGUGCGUCUGCAUUCAACAAGACAAACGUUAAUUUGUUUUUCGAUUUAUACGAGAAAGUUAGUGAAAAAAUAACUUUUGAGCCACAAAAUAUUUGGAACCUGGACGAAACAGGCUUAACUACUGUUCAUAAACCAGACCGUGUAGUGAGCCGAUGUGGCCGCAAACAAGUUGGUCAAAUCACUUCGACUGAACGUGGCACACUUGUUUCCAUGUGCUUAGCUAUCAAUGCAGCCGGUGGCAAAGCACCACCAUACUUAAUUUUUCCACGGGUAAGAUUCCAACCACACUUUUUGAACGGUGGUCCAGAUCCUUGUUGGGGUGGAGCGAAUCCUUCUGGUUUUAUGAACAGUGAACACUUUCUUCAAUUCUUGACAAAAUUUCAGGCAUUUACACGAUGCACAGUGGAAAACCCAAUUUUGAUGCUAUUAGACAAUCAUGUAUCACAUCGCAGCUUAAAUGUUCUCAAAUUUUGCCGAGAAAAUGGAAUCCAUUUCUUGUCUUUCCCACUGCAUUGCAGCCACAGGAUGCAACCACUUGAUGUAUGCGUGUUUGGCCCAUUUAAAAAAGCUGCAAAUCAACUGUGCAAAGAUUGGAUGAGAACAAAUCCUUCACGCGUGAUGCAAAUCUACGAUUUGCCUGCAAUUUUUGCACAAGCACUACUACUUAGUGCAACAGAAGGUUAUAUUAAGUCAGCUUUUCGAACUCCUGGAAUUUGGCCACUGAAUCGUCAGAUAUUCCAAGACAUUGAUUUUUUGCCUAGUAAUGUAACCGAUCGACCAAAUCCUGAGAAUUCUAUUGCCAGCGAAGAAUCCCAUUUAAUGCCAUCACCCUGCAAUCAUCAGUCUCAACAAAGCAUUGAAGAAGACAGUGACAAAAAUUUGAAUGAUGAAAUGGAAGAGAGCAUUCCAAUUGAUUCUCGAAUGGCUUCAGGUUCAAGUCAAGACCUUUCAAAACUUCUUGAGGUAAUAAAGCCAUUUCCAAAAGCACCACCACGCAAAAAUGGAUCACGGCGUGGAAGAAAACAAGGAAAAACAUGCAUUCUGACUUCAAAUGAGACAUUUGAAGAAAUUCAAGCAGAAGAUAAAGCUCGCAGAGCUAAAGAAACAGCUGCUGAGAGUAGAAAAGCUGUCUCCGCUGCAAAAAAAAAAUGUUGCUACACUUAA